AUGACCAAACUUGAAACUUAUCACAUGAUGGUAAUAUCACAAUACUUUCCAUCAAUAAAAAUCUUUGUAUCAAUCGAACUUGUUUGCAAAAAAUACAACGGCAACAUGGUGAAGUUUCACAACAACCCAAUUUCUAUAAACCAAAAGACUAUAAAAUAUUUUUCAAACAUUGAGACACUUAACAUAUAUAAUAAAUAUGACGAAACUUUUGGUAAUGACGUUUUCAAGACCACAAAAAAGACAAAUACAGCCGACAAAAUAAAAUUUUUCAAAAUCAAUGUGUGGUGUGAGAAGUAUGGCCAAAUUAUACCUAAAAACGUGAAAAAAUUGGGUACGAGGUGUUUAACCAAAUACAAAAAGCAGUCAAUAACAAUACCAAAUAGUGUAACUUUACUUGAAGAUAACUGUUUUUCCAAUUGUACUUCACUCCAAUUUGUGAAACUUCCAAGUUACUUACAAUGCAUAGAAAAUGGCUGUUUUUAUUGCGCUUUUUAUUUGAAAGAAAUAAACAUUCCUGAUACAGGAACUAAAAUUGGUGAAAACUGUUUCGAAUGUUGUUACUCCCUUUCUUCCAUAAAAUUGCCAAAAGCACUUUUAUGUUUACCAAAUAACUUAUGUGAGAGAUGCACAAAUCUUCAAACUGUAACAUAUCCAACAAUUGUAGACACAGUUGGAUUUAAAUGUUUUGAUGGUUGUUCGAUGCAGUCCGUGCAAAUUUUGAAUUGUAAAUAUCGUCUUUGUGCAUUCGCAUUUUCUAAUUGCAAACUUUUGAAGUCUGUGACAAUUACUGGGAACUUAGAUAAAAUAAAAUGUUACUGUUUUUUAAAUUGUGAGUUGCUUGUUAGUGUCAGUCUACCAGAUUGUGUGACUUUGUUUGGUGACCACUGUUUUAAUCAAUGUAAAUCGCUCGAGUUCAUUAAACUUCCAGAAAAACUGAAUGAAAUACAAGUAGGAUGUUUUGGUGGGUGUAUCAAUUUAAAGAAAAUUGAAAUUGGGAGUAAACUAUAUGCUAUUGGGUCGUGUUGUUUUAGUGGGUGUAUCAAUUUGGAAGAUCUUAUACUUCCAAACGGUCUUGUAUUGAUUGGAGAAAACUUGAAACAAAUAAAAGAUGAAUGUUUUGGUGGGUGCACUACACUUGAAAUAACAGUACCAAGCACUCUUGUUUUGAUUGGUAAAAACGCUUUUUCAAACUGCAAAAGUGUUAUUUAUCAAAAGAAAAUAACAUCAAAACAAGAGUGUAUUGUUAUAUGA